UAAAUGUGAUGCCUUAAUUUGCUGUCCCCGGUGCCACAGCCAGCCACAACAGCUGAGCUCCGCAUUUCAUAUUUCGUUUUUCCUUCGAAAAAAGAAGACUUUGUGGUCCUCUUGUUCAUCCCUCUUCAAUGUCUACAGCUUCAUCUUAUGCAAUUAAGAGGCCUAGCUAGGUCCUCGAUUCCUGUUUUAGGAAGAGGAAUGAAAUACAUGCUUCUCAUGCUACUUUUCUUGCAGGCACGCAUAUUUAACGGCAAAAGAUGACACCUUCUGAAUAUAACGUUGGAGAUAGAUUUAGUCCGACUAAGGACGAACUAAUAACUCAUUUUCUAAUGCAAAAAUUACUUGGGAAUGAUCACCUAGUCAGCAGAAUCCCCCUACUUGAUGUCUACCAGCGUGAUCCCUGGGAUUUACCUUAUUUUGCUGGGACAGAUUCAGAUGAUGGAGAGGGAUAUUUCUUUUCUCCUCUCCAUCCUAAGUACCCCGGCACAAAUAACGGGAGAAUCAAUAGGUCAACAAGAACAGGUUCAUGGCUAGCAAAAGGAAAGGAUUAUGAGAUAACAUCUCAACAUAAUGGAGAAGUAAUUGGUAUCAGAAGAAUUUUUGUUCAUUCUUGUAAUAAAGAUGGGAUCAAGUAUGUGAUGCACGAGUUCAGUAUACCCAACCAGAAUUCUCUGGUUCUGUGUAAAUUAAUGAAGAAGAUGCCAAGUAAGAAGAGUGAAGGAACAUGUAAGAAGGUUAAAAAGAGAAAGGAGGCGGCUGAACUGCCACUGCCAAUAUGUAACGAGGAUAAUAGUACUCUAUCAUCUGGUCUAAUGAAGAAGAAGAUGCCAGAUAAGAAGAGUGCAGGACCAUGUAAGAAGGUUAAAACGACACAAGAUAAGGCUGAUAUGCCAUAUAACAAGGAAAAUAUUAUUCCAGUACCAGAUGAAGGUUCGGAUUUCGAAAACUGGAUUACCAGUGAUAAGAGUGAUUAUAAUAAUAUUAUCGAUAAUAAAGAUCAGCAGACCGCAAAAUCUACAUGUGAAAAUGGCGGAACAAAUUGCCUGAAGACUUCUUCUGCUUCUGUAUACCAUGUCGCAGAUUUUACAACUCCAGAAGAUUAUCAGGGAGACCCUGAAAUACUACCACAUUUGCAAUCAUUCUCUGGUUAUGAUCAGCAGGACCUUACCCUUCAUGACUUCACUCUAGAUGAUGAUCUUUACAUCUGGCUUGAACCUCUGUGGUCUUGACCAGUCGGUGGAGAGUGUUUCUUAGCUACACCCUCUUGUGUACCGAUAAGAAACAAAACUAGAAAAUAGAAAGUAAGAAACAAACUCUCUUUCUCCCCUAUGUUGAUUUGAUCACUGGGGUUAAUAUUACCACUAGUUAUUAAUCAGCAACCGGUUAUGUAA